AUGCCAACUCCGCACACACCGGGCAGACACAGGAUUCGAACCCCCAACCACGGAGCCUCCUUCCUUCAGCCUCCUUCCGUCCGCCUCAUUCCUUCACCCUCCUUCCUUCAGCCUCCUUCCGUCCGCCUCCUUCCGUCCACAUCUUUCCAUCCGCCUCCUUCCUUCAGCCUCGUUCCGUCCGAUUCCUUCCAUCCACCUCCUUCCAUACGAUUCCUUCCUUCCGCCUCCUCUCGUCCGCCUCCUUCCUCAGCCUCCUUCCGUCCGCCUCCUUCCUUCAGCCUCCUUCCUUCAGCAUCCUUCCAUCCGCCUCCUAUCUUCCGCCUCCUCUCGUCCGCCUCCUUCCUCAGCCUCCUUCCGUCCGCCUCCUUCCUUCAGCCUCCUUCCUUCAGCAUCCUUCCAUCCGCCUCCUAUCUUCCGCCUCCUUCCGUCUGCCUCCUUCCUUCAGCCUCCUUCCGUACGAUUCCUUCCAUCCACCUCCUUCCAUACGAUUCCUUCCUUCCGCCUCCUCUCGUCCGCCUCCUUCCUCAGCCUCCUUCCUUCGGCCUCCUUCCUUCGGCCUCCUUCCGUCUGCCUCCUUCCGUCCGCCUCCUUCCUCAGACUCCUUCCCUCAGACACCUUCCGUCCGCCUCCUUCCCUCAGCCUCCUUCCGUCCGCCUCCUUCCGUCCGCCUCCUUCCUUCAGCCUCCUUCCAUCCGCCUCCUUCCUUCAGCCUCCUUCCAUCCGCCUCCUUCCUUUAGCCUCCUUCCUCAGCCUCCUUCCUUCAGCCUCCUUCUGUCAGCCUCCUUCUCCUCCUUCCUUCCGCCUCCUUCCGUCUGCCUCCUUCCUUCCGUCUCCUUCCUUCCGUCUCCUUCCUUCAGCCUCCUUCCGUCCGCCUCCUUCCUUCAGCCUCCUCCGUCCGCCUCUUUUCUUCAGCCUCCUUCCUUCAGCCUCCUUCCGUCCGCCUCCUUCCAUACAAUUCCUUCCUUCAGCCUCCUUCCUUCAGCCUCCUUCCGUCUGCCUCCUUCCUUUAGCAUCCUUCCGUCCACCUCCUUCCAUACAAUUCCUUCCGUCCGCCUUCUUCUGUCCGCCUCCUUCCUUCAGCCUCCUUCCGUCCGCAUCCUUCCUCAGCCUCCUUCCGUCCGCCUCCUACCAUACGAUUCCUUCCUUCCGCCUCCUCCUGUCCGCCUCCUUCCGUCCGCCUCCUUCCUCAGCCUCCUUCCUUCAGCCUCCUUCCUUCAGCCUCCUUCCGUCCGCCUCCUUCCUUCAGCCUCCUUCCGUCCGCCGUCUUCCGUCUGCCUCCUUCCAUACGAUUCCUUCCGUCAGCCUCCUUCAGUCCGCUUCCUUCCUUCAGCCUCCUUCUGUCCGCCUCCUUCCAUCGGCCUCCUUCCAUACGAUUCCUUCCGUCCGCCUCCUUCCUCAGCCUCCUUUAGUCCGCCUCCUUCAAUCUGCUUCCUUCCUUCAGCGUCCUUCCGUCAGCCUCUUUCCGUCCGCCUCCUUCCUCAGCCUCUUUCCGUCCGCCUCCUUCCUCAGCCUCUUUCCGUCCGCCUCCUUCCGUACGAUUCCUUCCAUACGAUUCCUUCCGUCCGCCUCCUUCAAUCUGCUUCCUUCCAUCAGCCUCCUUCCGUCCGCCUCCUUCCGUAUGAUUCCUUCCGUCCACCUCCUACCUUCGGACUCCUUCCGUCCUCCUCCUUCCGUCCGCCUCCUUCCGUCCGCCUCCUUCCUCAGCCUCCCUCCGUCAGCCUCCGUCCGUCUGCCUCCUUCCUUCACCCUCCUUCCGUCCGCCUCUUUCCGUCCGCCUCCUUCCGUCCGCCUCCUUCCGUCACCUUCCUUCCGUCCGCCUCCUUCCGUCAGCCUCCUUCCCACCGCUUCCUUCCUCAGCCUCCUUCCGUCCUCCUCCUUCUGUACGAUUCCUUCCGUCCGCCUCCUUCCAUAUGA